AUGUCCCACGUGCCUUUUGCUGUGGUUCUUCUACUCAUCAGAUGUCUACUGUCCUCCUCACUUGUGUUCCCGAAGGACUUGAGUCCUAUCAGAACCAUCGAUUCGGGAAGUACCAGAUCCUACCCGUUAUUUCGAGGACUGGCCAGCGAUGAAAAUGCAGUAAAUCUCGGCCUGGACUUCCAAAAGAUGGUCAGACUCAACCAAACUUUGUUUGUUGCUGCAAGGGAUUACGUGUACACAAUCGAUCUGAGGAGAGCUAAAGAUGCCAUCUCAAGCGACAAGUAUAUCACAUGGAAGACGCAAAAUAUGGACAACUGUGCCGUGCGGGGAAAACCACUGGAUGAGUGCUACAAUUAUAUUAAAGUUCUGGUGAUCAAGAAUGACCAAACUCUCAUCGCUUGCGGCACCAAUUCCUUCAACCCAACAUGCCGGAACUACAAGAUCCAAACCUUGGAGCAGGAAGGUGAAGAGUUUAACGGCCAAGCGCGGUGCCCUUUUGACGCCAAGCAAACCAACGUGGCCCUCUUUGCAGAUGGCAAUUUGUAUUCAGCCACUGUGGCCGACUUCCAAGCCAGCGACGCCGUCAUCUACCGAAGCCUGGGGGAGAAGAGCCCCGUUCUCCGCACCAUCAAAUACGACUCCAAAUGGCUCCGAGAACCCCAUUUUAUCCAUGCGGUGGAGUAUGGAAACUACGUGUAUUUCUUCUUUCGGGAGAUCUCAAUGGAAUACACCACCCUGGGAAAGGUGACCUUCUCUCGGGUGGCCAGAGUAUGCAAAAAUGACAUGGGUGGCUCUCCUCGGGUCUUGGAGAAGUACUGGACCUCCUUUCUAAAGGCUCGACUCAACUGCUCUGUCCCGGGCGACUCCUUCUUCUACUUUGACGUCCUCCAGUCCAUGAGCGACAUUCUCACCAUCAACAACCGGCCGGCGGUCAUUGGAGUGUUCAGCACCCAGGCCAACAGCAUCACUGGCUCAGGAGUCUGUGCCUUCUACAUGGACGACAUCGAGAAAGUCUUCAAUGGAAAGUUUAAAGAGCAGAAGACUACCGAGUUGGCUUGGACCCCGAUUCCAGAAGAAAAGGUUCCCAUGCCCAGGCCAGGUUGCUGUGCAGGGUUUGGCAAUGCUGCAUCCUAUAGGGCCUCCAGUGAGUUCCCGGAUGAGACCCUCUCCUUCAUCAAAUCCUACCCUCUUCUGGAUGAGGCUGUGCCUUCUAUAACAGAGACACCAUGGUUCACAAAGACGACUAGCAGGUACAAAUUGACCCAAUUUUGCCGCUGACACGUCAGCCGGCCCCUAUGGAAAUUACACGGUCUUGUUCCUCGGCUCAGAGGAUGGGAAGGUGUUGAAGGUCUUGACUGGCACUACGGAGAACUCCACCGUGGAGACGGCUCUCUUAGAGGAGAUUAAUGUCUAUAGCCAAGAUAGGUGCGGGGUGAAGGCGGAGGAUGGGGAAGAUAUUGGGGCUGCAGGUGGACCGUGAAAACCAUGCCUUGUUCGUCGCGUUCUCCAGCUGCAUCAUUCGGGUUCCUCUAAGUCGCUGUGAAACCUACGGGGACCUGCAGACGGAGCUGCCUGACCUCCAGAGACCCGUACUGCGUGUGGGUUGAAAUCGGGGACCUGCGCCAACUUCCGGGGGUGACCCCAGGCCCGGAUUUGAGCAGGAAGUCGAUCAAACAAAACAUCGGGGCAACUGUCAAGAUCUUGUCACUGCGUCCGGGAGCCUUGAUAGCGAUGGAGACUCCGCUUACGGGAAAGUCCCGCCCAGUGGUGACAUCACCAUGUCCAAUGUUGCCUCCCUUGGGGAUGUGACUCUCCCAGGCGGGCGCGGCUACCCCCCGCCAGGUGUGACAUCAGACGGUUACUACCACCUUUCUGCCUGGCACACUCUUAGAACCCAGGGUGUGCGUCAGGAGGCUGCAGGCAAUGACUCCACCAAGACAGUCCAUUUCACGUUCCUCAUCGGGUGUGUCUUUGUAGCCUUUGUGAUAGGAGCCAUCUUCUCAGGCCUUUUUGUGUCGUGUUACUGUAACCACAUGUUUCAGAAGAACAAGCACAUUGGGAAGGACCCAGAAUCCAAUCUACAACGGCCUCUAUCUUUGAGGAGCCUAGCAAAGAUGAAUGGACUUUUAGAAACCCAGUCAAAGGAAGGAAUGGAAGCAACCUCGCCAAAGCUCUACACUACCCUACUGCAUGGAGACAAAGAGCAGCAAGCAGAAACAACCAAAACUGGAUCAAAAGACCAUCCUGAACUAUCUGGACUCCCCACCCCAGAAUCCACUCCAGAAUUGCCAAUGAAGAAUCUUAAAGCCUUCAAAAACCAAUGGGAAAGAAAUCAGAAUUGUAACAAUGCCAAAGAAAUCCAAAGCAAAAGUCCAGUUUUCCAUUUUCCUGUCUCAAAUUCCCAGGUCUUUCAAUUUCCUAGCACAGUUGCCCUCCCGAGCAGCAUGCAUGGGUACGAUCAGCCUCUUUCUAGCUAUGCAGAUGAUAAGAAGAUACCCAACUGUGAAAGGGCUCUGAUUCGUCAUUCACAGUGCUAUCUUCCCAAAGGGGUUGAGGUGACAACUCUAGAUGAACUUCUAAAACAUCUUCCGGAAGGUGGUGGCUCACCAAGAAAAAUGUCUGGCAUGAUGGCUCUUAGUCCUCAAGCUGUCAGUCCUCAUUCGCCUAUGUCAUUCAUGAACAGGGUCCAGCCCCAAAUUCCUGACACUGAAAGCGCUCCUUAUUACAGCUCCUCAACUCUUCCCAGAGACAGUCUGCCCAGAAGAUUGGACAUCCCACCAGAUGUCAAUCCUCAAUCCUGUGUGGAGAAACAGUUAAGGCACCCUUCUCAAAGACAUUCUCUAUCCUCCGGGCACAAACUCAUGAACAUAGGUCCAGGACCACUGAUUUCCAGGCAACAUAGCCUGGGUCAAGCAACCAGACAACAUCCUCCACCACUUCUCACAAGGAUGCACUCUACAGGCACCCCAGUGCCAAUGGAAAGCCACAAUGUCUAUAUCUCCCGCCAGCAUAGCUACACAGAGCAAACUCCAAUGCAGAGGGGUAUGGUAAAAAGGACCUUGUCCUUGAGACCAGAAGUAUCAUCUGCCCCUGUGUUUCUCCCAUCAUCCCCCAUAAAGGAUGCAAAUCAGUUUCAGUAUUAA